UCAUGACAGUGUGUGCACCGAGAGACAGCUUUUCUCCACCUGACUGCAGAUAAAGAAAGUACAUUUUUACUUGACUACUGUUUACUUUUAAAUUUUUUGCCUUAAUUGAAGUCACAUACAGUGGUACUUCUUGGCAAGCCAUGAUGAGAGGGACUCCUAGCAGUCGAGUUUUGUGGCAUUGGUGGACAGUGCUUCUCGCCUUUGUGUCACUGCCUUUUUUGUCUACUUUAGCAGUGGGAAUGAUCAUGAAAUAUCAGACUUAUGAAGAGGACGCUUUAUCCACUGUCAUCGGAAACUUGGCCAAGGACAUGUUCUUAAAUCCCUCAGAUGACUCGAAGACCAAUUUCAAAAUGAUGAAGCAGUUCAAUGCAUCUUUUAUUAGACUCCGAGAAAAGGACGGACAGCUAACAAUUGGAGAACGAAUAGACAGAGAAAAAAUAUGUAAGAAUGCGGUCCAGUGUCUCAUUGCAUUCGACGUUGUAAGUCUCUUCAGUGAGCAAUUUCAAUUAAUUCAUAUUGAAGUGGAAGUAAAGGACAUCAAUGAUCACGCUCCUGAGUUCCCCAGAAAGGAAUCAACUUUGGAAAUUUCAGAAAACGCAGCACUCGGCACUAGAAUUUCUUUAGAUGUUGCUAUGGACGAGGACGUGGGUUCGAACUACAUUCAAAGCUACCAAAUAUCUGUCAACAGUCACUUUACUAUUGACGUGUUGAGCAGAGCCGAUGGGGUUAAAUAUGCGGAGUUGGUGCUAAUGAAAGAACUAGACAGGGAGACACAAGCCUCCUAUGUUUUGGAGCUCGUCGCAACAGACGGAGGAAAUCCACCAAGGUCCAGCACCACAAAAAUCAAUGUCAAUGUAAAAGACUUUAAUGACAAUAGCCCUGUGUUCAGCCGGACCAAUUUUUCAGUUGAUAUACUUGAGGACUCGCCGGUGGGGUUUUUGCUUUUGGAUUUGAACGCGGUUGAUCCAGACGAUGGUUUGAAUGGGGAAGUUGUGUAUGGGUUCGGAAAUCAGGUGCCCUUGGAGAUCCGACAGCGUUUCAGCAUUGACCGAAAAUCCGGGCAGUUGACGCUCAGGAGCCCGAUUGAUUUUGAGAGCAAGAAAACAUAUGAGUUCGAUAUACAGGCAUCUGACUUGGGUCCUAAUCCGAGACCAUCCAUCUGUAAAGUUGUUGUUCAAGUGCAGGAUGUGAAUGAUAAUGCACCAGAAAUCACCAUUACUCCUAUGACCCCAGUCACUGCGGAAAUUGCGUACAUCACAGAGGCUGCUGCUAAAGGAAGCUUUGUGGCUCUGAUCAGCACCGCUGACAGGGACUCGGGCACAAACGGACAGAUUCACUGUACACUCUAUGGGCACAAUGACUUCAAACUCCAGCAAGCCUAUGAGGACAGUUUUAUUAUUGUAACGACAUCUCCACUUGACAGAGAAAAAAUUGCGGAGUAUAACUUAACGGUUGUUGCCGAAGACCUGGGAUCACCUCCCUUAAGAACAACUAAGCAAUAUACUAUAAGGUUGAGUGAUGAGAAUGACAACGCCCCUGUGUUUAGUAAACCUGUCUAUGAAGAGUCCUUGAUGGAGAACAAUGCACCAGGUGCAUAUAUCACAACUGUUGUGGCCAGAGACCUCGACUUAGGACAAAACAGCGAAAUCAGCUAUAAGCUCCUGGACACCUACAUCAUAGGCUCUCCGGUGUCAACUUUUGUCUCUCUAGAUCCCGCUACGGGCUCGCUCUAUGCGCUCAAAAGUUUCAACUACGAGGUCCUCAAACAGCUACAGCUACGUAUUCAAGCGAGUGACGGAGGCUCGCCACAACUCCAAGGCAGCGCAAUAAUCAAUCUAAAAAUAGUUGAUCAGAAUGAUAACGCUCCCUCUAUCACACAGCCUGCGCUAAAUAAUGGUUCUGCCGAGGUUCUACUGCCCAAAGACGCACCUUCAGGUUACGUUGUAACCCAGAUACUUGCUAGGGACGCUGACGAAGGUGUCAAUGCAGAAUUGUCAUUCAGAAUCUCAGAGGGGGUCUCUAUGUUCUCCAUUAAUAGAGCCACCGGAGAAAUUUAUCUGAAUCAAGAACUAAACUACAAAGAUUACGAGAAUUUGAGAAUAACAGUAAGUGUCAGUGACAACGGAAGACCUUCACUAACUACAGUAGUCACUAUCGAUUUCAGCAUCAUUGCAGGAUCUCUUCCUAGUGACCGCAGUAUAUUCAGGCACAGAACUGACGAAGAGACAUGGGAAGGGGAUCAUUCAGUCGUUAUAAUUGUGGUACUGGCGGGGAGCUGCGCACUAUUACUUUUAGCAAUUAUUCUUAUUGCAACUUCUUGUAAUAAACGGAAGACAGAUAAUCGAGGCGACAGCUAUUCUGGAAAGGAGGACAUAGUUAAGGCGGACGGAAACCACUGCGACCCACUAAUUCCAAUGCACAGUGACAUUGUGUUUGAUAUUCAGCCUUCUUAUUCAAACAAGCCAAACUUUUCUGGCUUUAUCCAGACAUGCAGCGACAUUUCCUGCAGUUCUGAAGAUGGUACUUGUGUCUUUGAUCUAGAGGACAAAAGCCACGGUGUCAAGUCAGAAGAUUAUUCCAAUCCACCUGGUUAUGGUAAUGCUAUGAGACUGAUUAAAAUUUGGAAAGGCACCUCAACUAUAUCAGCAGGAGAUCCUCAAUUCAGUGGAAAGGACAGUGGGAAUGGAGACAGCGACUUCAAUGACAGUGAUUCAGAUAUAAGUGGCGAUGGACUGAGAAAAGGCAAGUAUCAAAACAAAGUUCAAAAGACUAAUGUGUGCGUGUGUGUGAGAGAGAGAGAGAGACCGGGGGCUGCCCAUUCAGUUUAACAACAUUAAAGAGUAUAAGGGGCUGUAUAGGCCAUAAUUACUGAAAAGCUUCUUACAAACACUAGUGAAACGAAAAACAUUCAUCAACCAUAGUGAAGUUCAUUCAUAUGCAUAACUGAAAAGCCUCUUAUAAACACUAAUGAAACAAAAACAUUGAUAAACCUUAGUGAAAUGUAUUCAUAUGUAUUACUGAAAAAAGCCUCUAACAAACACUAGUGAAAACAUUGAUCAGCCUCAGUGAAAUUCAUUGGUACGCAUUACUAAAAAAGACUUACAAACACUAGUGAAAACAUUGAUUCAUUUAUACGCAUUACUGAAAUGAGAAAAAAUUUCAGUAGAUGAUGAGAGCUGAUUUCACUUGAAAAGGAAGCUGUGGUUGCACUUC